AUGCGCGAGGCCGCCGAGCGGCGGCAGCAGCUGGAACUGGAGCAUGAGCAAGCCCUGGCCGCUCUCACGGCCAAGCAGCAGGAAAUCGACCUUCUGCAGAAGGCUCAGCUUGAAGCCAAGAGGGAGCACGAGGGUGCCGUGCAGCUGCUAGAGUGCAGGGUGCGGGAGCUGGAGGAGAGGUGCCGGGCGCAGAGCGAGCAGUUCGGCCUGCUGUCACGGGACCUGGAGAAGUUCCGGCAGCACGCGGGGAGGAUCGACCUGCUGGGCAGCUCCACGGCCCCCUCGGACGGCCCCCCGCCCCCCAGCAAGCCUUUCCCGCGAUUCAUGAACGGACUGGCCCCCUCCAUCGGCACAGGUCAGGAGAGCUCCAUCGGAAGCCGCACUGCGACUGGUGACCAUAUCCGGCCCCUGCUGCCCCCUGGUGACAAGCCGGAGCCCCCGCCCGCCAGGCCCGCCUUCCCGUCAGGACCCGGAAGCCCAAGAUGCGGAUUUGAAUCAGACAUGGACAAUGAACGGGGCUCCAGCACCUGCAGGCAGAGAUACUCAGGGAAGGUGCACCUGUGCGUCGCCCGCUACAGCUACAACCCCUUCGAUGGGCCAAACGAGAACCCAGAAGCUGAGCUGCCCCUCACAGCAGGGAAGUACCUCUACGUGUAUGGGGACAUGGACGAGGACGGCUUCUAUGAAGGCGAACUGCUGGAUGGGCAGCGGGGGCUCGUGCCCUCCAACUUCGUGGACUUCGUCCAGGACAGCGAGUCUCGACUGGGCACGCUGGCGACCGGACAGGACCAAAACCUCAUCAACCUUUCGGGCAUCGGCCCGGAGGCGGAGAACAUUCUCGACCUGCACUCCCCCACGCCCCCCGACUCUGGUGUCACCGACAACAGCACGGGGACGCUGGCCGCGGACGUCGACGACGUUGGAGAAGACACUGUGCCUUACCCUAGGAAGAUCACCCUCAUCAAGCAACUCGCCAGGAGCGUCAUCGUGGGCUGGGAGCCGCCGGCCCUGCCGCCGGGGUGGGGCGCCGGGAGCAGCUACAGCGUCCUGGUGGGCCAGGAGCCGCGCCUGAGCCUCCCGCUGGCCGGCAGGACCAAGGCCCUCGUCGAGAAGCUCGACAUGGCGGCCGGCACCUACCGCGUGUCCGUGCAGUGCGUCACGGGCCGGGGAAGCUCGGACCCGCUGCGCUGCACCCUGCUGGUGGGCAAAGAUGUGGUGGUGGCCCCGUCGCAGCUGAGGGUGGACAACGUCACGCAGACCUCUGCCCAGCUCUCCUGGCUGCCCACCAACAGCAACUACAGCCACGUGAUCUUCCUCAACGAGGAGGAGCUGGGCGUGGUCGGGGCCGCCAGGUACAAGUUCCCGCUCUUCAAUCUGCGGCCCAGCGUGGCCUACAAGGUGAAGGUGCUGGCCAGGCCCCACCAGAUGCCCUGGCAGCUCCCCCUGGAGCAGAGGGAGAAGAAGGAGGCCUUCGUGGAGUUCGCCACGCUGCCUGCAGGUCCUCCUGCCCCCCCACGAGACGUCACUGUCCAGGCUGGAGCCACCCCAGCAACCAUCCGUGUCUCCUGGCAGCCGCCCGCACUGACCACCACUGGGCUGUCCUCUGGCGCCAGCGUGACGGGCUACGGCGUGUAUGCGAAGGGGCAGAGGGUGGCCGAGGUCAGUGCCCCCACGGCGGACAGUGCCACUGUGGAGCUCCCGCGGCUACGGAGCCUGGAUGCCAAGGCCGUGACCGUGCGGACCCUCUCUGCGCAGGGCGAGUCCACGGACUCUGCCAUCGCUGCCAUCCCCCCUGCCCUCCUGGUGCCUCCUGCCCCCACACCGAAGCCAUUAGCAAGUGCCGGAGUCCCCGAUACCAAAGAUGACCGCCUGGGUCCCCACGUGAAGGUAGACGAGGCCUGGGAGCAGAGCCGGGCACCGGUCCCAGUCCACGGGCACAUGCUGGGGCCACCCAGCCUGCAGGGCCCCGGCAGGCGGUCGCCCUCACCCAGCCGGAUCCUCCCGCAGCCGCAGGGCGCCCCGGUGUCCACCUCCGUCGCCAGGGCCAUGGCCCGGAAGGCCGCAGAGAGAGUGGCCGAGAGCAGCAGGCUAGAGAAAAGGAGUGUGUUCGCGGAGAGGGGCGCGCAGUACGCGGACUCGGACGAGGAGGACGGCUACGAGUCCCCGGACGCCAAGCGGCGGGGCGCGUCGGUGGACGACUUUCUGAAAGGCUCGGAGCUCGGCAAGCCGCCGCACUGUUGCCAUGGUGAGGAGUACCACACGGAGAGCAGCCGGGGGUCCGACCUCUCGGACAUCAUGGAGGAGGACGAGGAAGAGCUGUGCUCGGAGAUGCAGCUGGAGGACGGGGGCAGGCGGCGGCCCAGCGGCACGUCCCACAGCGCUCUCAAGAUUUUAGGAAGCGUGGCGUCGGCAGGACGGGCGGAGAGGGCCGAUCACGUGGGCCGGCGCUUUUCCCGCGGGAGUGCGGGCACGCGGAGGUCCCCGCCAGGGAUGGUCCCGGCCAUCGGUGACUACGGUGGCCGAGACCGGCUGUCCCCGGACUUGUACGAGGAGUCAGAGACCGACCCCGGCGCCGACGAGCCCCCGGCCCGCAUCUUUGUGGCCCUGUUCGACUACGACCCUCUCAGCAUGUCCCCCAACCCGGACGCUGCGGAGGAGCUGCCGUUUAAGGAGGGGCAGAUCAUCAGGGUCUAUGGCGACAAGGACGCGGACGGGUUCUACCGCGGGGAGACGUGCGCCCGGCUCGGCCUCAUCCCCUGCAACAUGGUCUCCGAAAUCCAGGCCGACGACGACGAGAUGAUGGACCAGCUGCUCAGACAGGGCUUCCUCCCCCUGAACACGCCGGUGGAGAAGACAGAGAGGAACCGCAGAGGUGGCAGGCCGCGCCCCGUGCCCACACGCAGAGCGGUGGCCCUGUACGACUAUGACCCGCGGGAGAGCUCGCCCAACAUCGACGCUGAGGCCGAACUCACGUUCUGCACGGGAGACAUCAUCACUGUUUUUGGUGAGAUUGACGAAGAUGGAUUUUAUUACGGGGAGCUCAACGGGCAGAAAGGCCUGGUCCCUUCGAACUUCCUGGAAGAGGUGCCCGACGACGUGGAGGUCUACCUGUCCGACGUCCCGUCCCGCCCCGCGCAGGAGCCGCCGCCGCGCGCCAAGGCCAAGCGGGUUCCUCCCGAGGGUUCAGGGACAGCAAGGAGAGAGCCGUCCCCCACAGCCCGCCUCCACGCGGGGUCACCUGCGUCACCUGUGGGGACUGGUAGUCCUGGGAGAGGCAGGGGAGUGCCCUCCAGGAAGAAAAAGGGGCUGCUUUUCAAAGGCAAGAGGCUGCUGAAAAAGCUGGGCGCGGCGAAAUGA